AUGAACUUUCGGAAAAGUUUCGGCUUGGGGACAACAGUAACAACUACAGUGUUGUUACGGAUGGUUUGCUAUUGGUCGUGUCCCGAGAGGAAGGCUUCAACGGCCUGUAAUGGAGGAAACGCCUCGCCAUCUGAAAAAUUUAAAUAUUCCACAACAUCAGUGGUAGUAACAGUGGAAAAGGGAGCGGCAUGCAGCCCAGCCCACCCAACUCAUCAAUAUACAGACAGACGGACAGACAUGCAUGCACACAUAUGGAUAGACAUUGGAAAAGCAGCGGGACGAUCAAUCCAUGAGGAAAGGAUCAACGGACCGCACACAGCCCGUUGGAUGUAUGCCCUUCUUCUCUCUCUCAGUCCCAGCCCACGGCCGACCGUUCCUCCGAAGGAACCCAUCGGCUCCAUCGGCCUGUCACCACCACUAAACGGCGGUAUUCACUCCCCAGCGAACUCGCUCAUCUUAUGCGUACGGCGCGGAGGAACAGUGCGUCGCGGCUGUUUCUUCGAAAUUAUUCUAUAA